UUGAAGCGCUUCGCGGGAGUUAUUGAGGAAGUGAUUCAGUAGCUGUUAUUGAAACGCGUUGUUUUCUCAUGUUGUGUUUAUAUCGUGUGUUUUAUAACAGUGUUUUGUCAUUUAUCACUGUAUAUUUAUAUAUUUGAUUUGAACGGAAGUGAUGGAGUCAGCGGCCGCAGGUAAAGAUGUGAAUAAGAUGAGAAUUAGUCGAGCAGAAUACAAAUGUAUGAGCAGAUUUAUGGAGCAGCUCACACCUACACGACAGUGCAUGAAGAUACUGAAGGUCCAGUUCCCAAAUCUUUCUCCGUCCACUCUUCUGAGCAUCUUCUCCCAGGAGUACCAGAAGAGAAUGAAGCGCAGUAUGGCGAGACAUCACGCUCCAGAUGUGGUGAAGUGGUAUUAUCAGAGGUACCGCAGUGAAGCUGAGACACGUCCUACUGCACCGCUUCUGCUGGAGCUGGCCAAUGAGGUGGAUCUGUCUCCUGCUCUUCUGGCUCGUAUGAUUGUGGAGUGUUUCAUGGAGGAGCGUGAAGCUUCAGUCCCCUCCAGACACGUCAUCAACAACAUGUUACGGGAGCCGUGUUUCAUUCCAGAUCCACUGCUAGCAAAACAUGUGGAACAGUGCACAGUAAAUGACUGCUGUUACGGGCCGCUGGUGGACUGCAUCAAACAUGCCAUUGGUCUUGAACAUGAGGAGAUUCUUCGAGACGAGCUCAGAGAGAGAAAUCUGUCAUUUUUAGAUGAGAAUCAACUUCGUGCCAAAGGCUACGACAAAACCCCAGACAUUAUUCUGGAGGUGCCAAUAGCUGUUGAAGAUCAUAUCGUUCACUGGAUUGAAAGCAAAGCUUCAUUUGGGGACGACCACAGCCAUCACACUUACCUGAAUGAGCAGUUCUGGAGUUACUGCAACAGGUUUGGUCCAGGUCUGGUCAUCUACUGGUACGGUUUUAUAUCAGAACUGGACUGUCAGCGAGACCGAGGGAUUCUGCUGAAUGAUCGCUUUCCUUCUGACAUCACAACCCUGUGCCAGCGGGCGUCUCGGCUCUGACGCAGACCGAAGGUGCUAGUAAAGUUUUGGGCGGAGGGGCGUCGCGAGUGCCGUUUGUCGGUGGGGAUGUGAAUCCGGAAGCAAUUUGGCUUUCCUGCAGCGCGAGUCUACAGGCAAACAUCUGCUAUGAACUCCUGCUGAACUCCUGAGGGCCGGGGUCAGAAUAAUACCUCUGUGCCAAAACACCGCCGCCCCACGGCUCCUCGAAUCCUGCAGGAGCUCCAGGAGAGGAGACCGCAGGUAAUGAACGUCUCGGACAGCUGGGUCACUUCUAUAUCGGCACAGAUGUGAUGAUGAACAUUUAUUCCUUCUUUGUGUUUGUUUGAUGAUGUAUCUUUUAUUUGUUUGUUGGUGUAAUAAAGUUGAGUACUUUGCUUGAAGUUUGUAUUGUUUUUAUGAAAGUCUGUUGGAAGAAUGAACGUUUUCUUGCAGUCCUGGGCCAAACAGGCUCCAAACAUCAACUUAUUUCAGACUAAUAUGAGUUUAAUAGCAUCAAGAACUUAUAUUUCAUUCUGUAACUCACAGCCCGUCUGCAGCAGAGCGUUACCCGUCCCUGACCCCGCUCACCCGUCUAAACCCCGGAGCUCGGCUGUUAAAUCGCGGUAAAGUGUUGCAUGAUUUGUUACCCCUAACCCUACAAACAGACCUUGAUUCAGACAGGAGGAUCUGGGGUCAAGGAGGGGGGGGGGUCACCGGGCGGUUGCGGUUUCCUCUGUUAAAACCCCAAACCUCCCCCCACCCCACCUCACACGGGCCCCAACACAAUGGUUCUCAUGGCGGCACGCUAACGUCUGUGACUUCACUUUAUAUUCUCACACAUAAACCCAUCGUAGGGUACAGAAAUCUCGGCGAGUCGGUUCCUUCUGGCUCUUAAGGUUUCCCGUCAUUGUGCUUCGUGAUCGUGGUUCGGCAGAUAAAAGCAGUAAAGAUCAGGCGCUAUAAAUGAGAAUCUGCUCAUAAUAUCCUCACAUCAAACAUGAGCGCUGACGUGCUUUCUUAUUUCUCUUCUGAUCUCAGACUCCACUUUAAAAGGAUAAACUAAUUCAUGUUCCUUUAUCAUUAAGCUGAUCAUUUAUUCUGUAGGAAUCUGAGAUUUAAAGAUUGACUCGCAGAUUCCCACAUGAGUGCGAAAGCCCAGAAUGCUGUUUACUGCAGAUUUAAGGAGUUUUUGGAGGAUCUGAGCGUGUUUUGGACAGAAGAGACGAUCGACUGAGGAAAGAUCUGGUCAUCUUCAGAUGAUUAGCAGCUGUUUCCGCUCAAACAUGAACACAUUCAUCUCUCAGCAGAGCAGCAGGUGUCUUACGCGCUCACGUUCUCUAGUGGCACUUAACUGCAGUUUUAAUGAUCAUUUUACCAGCGAUGGUGAGACCCUAAAGCGGUUCAGUCGCUUAUGUGACUGGUCAAAAUGUCAAGCACUUUACACAACUAGGGUAAAAUGACAGAUUUUCUUAUGAAGUUCUUUUUCUUUCAAUAAAUUCUACAUGUGCUUUUAUUUUAUGUGAUAGUUUGAAACCAAAUCAUUUUAUGUAGAUAUAUUGUAGAUUGAAUUUCAUGAAUGUAAAACAUGAAUGUGUGUAAGGAGGUAGCAGGUUUUGUAUAGUUGAGUAGUGAAUGCAGUCAACGCUGCAGUAAACAUGAGAGUUUUAUUAAUAUUCAUAUUCAUUUACUGUCAGUUUUAGUGAAGG